AUGCGUUCCGUUGAACCCGCUGCUUCAAGCCUGGAGUUAUUUGAAGGUCUGCCUCUAGUAGAUGUCCUGUCUUCCAUCAACAAGUUGAUCACCUUGGGUCAAACUCUGGAAGAAGUCAAAGACUGGGAGACAGAGCUUUCAAAAAAGGAAUCUAUUGGAAUAUACCCGAAGAAUCAAGAGACAAGCCAUUUGAAGAAGGGGAAAGACGCUGAUUCUCCAGACAAUGAUGAUGCUUGGCCAACCACCAGUGUGAACUUAUUUGGUCCCGGAUCUGAUUUUGUGGUCGUCAUUUGCUAUCAUAUUUCCUUCUUACAAGGAAGUACCUUAUUAAAGGGUUUACAAGCUUACAUCAUUUGGGUUCAACUUUUAAGGGACCCAAAGAUCAAACGUGUCUGCUGGCGACCAGACCCUAUCCAAAACCAAUGCAAUAAGAGAAACUCGGUGUGUAUAUGGGUCCUUGUAUUGACUUUGUCAAAACGUGUAGGUGGAGACAAAAUCCGCUUUGAAGCUGCUUUUGAAAUGUAUUUGAAGGACUGGGAUGUCAAACCUCGCUUUGAAGAAGCGAAAGGGGAAUAUGAAGCAUCACUUACAUCCAAGGAAAUCCUUGAAGAACGUCGAGAUCAAUGA